AUGAGCUAAUUUGCUUUUAAAUGUUAAUUAAUCCUCUGAACACAAUUUACGACAGAGUCACAUGUGCAAAUCUAUUUUAUUUUUCGAUGCGUCGUUUUUAAUAUAUUUUUUUUUACAAUUAAUCGUUCAUAUGAAAAGUGGAUUGAUGAAUUGAAACUCGGUGUAUGAACUGUAGUUGAAAACAGAAUCUAACGGAGCUUGCAAUUUAGAAAAUAAAAACGCGAAAAAAUGUGGCUGAUUGACAUAUGCUUUUUGUUCUAUCCGGAAAUAACGAGAAUAAAACGUAGCUACAAUGUUCAUUAAAACAUUCAGUUCGACACCCGACUUCGUCAAAUGACCACUGAAUUUGUGUGCUGAAUUUUUGUGCAUUGACUUCAUGUAAGUCAGAAAGAAACCGAUUUUGAUUUGUUAAAAUAAUGGCUCCUAGCGUGGGAUUAUUGGCUGCAUUUAUAAUUGUAUUCGUUGCAUCUAAUCUUAAUGCUCAGAUAAAUGAUGGAGCAAUUUCAAAAACCACAACUACCCAUAAGAACAACAUGAAGACGCCUUUCUUCGACGAUAAAAAUUCCUCUGAACAAAAUAACGAUGGUAUUGACAUUUUAAAUAAUUCAGGAAAGAAAACCUGGACACACGUGAAGAAGGACCUCAACGAAAACCACAAACGGGAAUCAAAAAGAGUAGUAAAAGGUAGUCCUGCUGGUGGUGUUCUACUAGAAAGCCAAGAAAGAACUGUUACCAAACAUCCAGUUAAACUUUCACGACAGCAGAAAGUGAAGACGAAUCUUAAUCAAAAUAACAGACUAGGAUCAAAAAGAAUUAAACGUUCUCCUACCGAUGGUUUUCAAGGAAUUCAUGAAGGAUUUUCUACUAAACAUCCAGUUGAGCUAUCGCGGGAGAAGAAAGGAAAGAAGGAACUUAACAAAAACCAUAAAUUAAGACCAAAAAGAAUAUUAAAACGAUCCCCCGUUGAUACUUUUCAAGAAACAAAAUUGUUCCUCCAGGAAGGAUCUUCAUCCACUAAGCACUCAGUCGAGCUAUCAGAAGAGAAGAACGAGGAUAAGGACGAUCGUGAAGAUGCAACAUCAUACAGAUUGACAAGAAGCGCAUCACAAGAACAGUGGGUAAAACAACCUUACCCAGUACAAAAGGUAAAUGAGGAAGAAGAUACCGAGAGUAGCGACAAUAUAAGGGCUCCAAAAGUACAUUUUGUUACUCAAAAACGUACCGAUAAUGGUAAUGGCUUCGGAAACGUCGAUAGAGAGUUGGAAAGAGAAAGAAGUUUUCCCAGAGGAAGAAGUAGAAGCUUUUUAUCGGACAGAACGUUACCAGAAUAUAGAUUUAGAGAGUCAAUUCCCGAGCACGAUAACCACGGUGCCUUUGCAAGAGAGCGAAGUUUCGAUAAACGUGGAUUUUUCGACCGUAUUAAAGAACCUUACAGACCUAUGCGUGAAAAGUUUUACGAUUUCCGUCCAUAUGAACACGACUAUCCGCCACGGAGGUCAUUCAACUAUCCUCCGGAAAAUGGUUUUUCCAACUCUUACACUUCGUUUCCUCCCCGGAAGAGAUAUGGAAGGAGGUAUGAGACGUACAGGCAGUAUGACUUCGAAAGAAAUAACAUGGACAAGCCCAAAAAACAGACCCGAAUUAUUUACUAUGCAACUUUACCGGAAGUUGCCCGAUCUCCGCCGAAGGUAAACCUAAGGGACAGAUUUAAUUAUAAUUACGACGGGUAUUUGGACGAUCCCUAUUUUGGACCAGGAAGGUUUAGAGAACCUUACGUUCCUCCGCCACAAUUUUUUGAAAACGAUUCCAAGAGGAUGAAACCUUCGACUUCGGCAACAACGUUCUCUAAAGAUGUUGCAGUUAAAGAACCAAAAAAAGUCCCGGAAAGCAGAAUUUAUUCUGAGGCAGAGAGGCGUUAUGGGGAUGACUACGAACGUUUUCCCAUGAAAAAUACCUGAAAUUUGAUAUUUCUAAUUAUAUCUAUAUUU